ACAAAGAACAAUGCUCUCAUCAAAUUCAAGAACACCACACACUUAUAGAUCUCAAUAACAAAAAAAAUAAAAGAAGUAAUAGUAGCAUGACAACCUAAAAACACAAACCCCAUUGAAACACAUUUGUUUUGGUUAUUGCUUUCAAAAAAUCAAUCAAUUAAAUGCAUCUAAGUAAAUAAAUAAAUAAAAAAUUAAAAACAAAAUAAAUAACUAAUAAAUUAAAUUUUUUUUAAUUUUUAGACCCGUAAACAAGUCAAACCCAUUAACUUAGUGAGUCAACCCAUUAUUGACCCGUGACCGUCAAAUUCUUUUAACGGAUCAUUAACGAAUCAUGGAUCAUAAAUAUCUUAUCCUAAUCCGUUUUAAACUGGCGGGUAAUGGGCAUAAAUAUCUUCAAUUGGGUAUCAGACACUACAACCACCCUGGGUUUUGACCUUAGCUGUAAGUUGCGCAUGGCUUUUCUGAUGCAGUUCAAUGCUGCCUGUACUGCUCUUACAGACCUGAAACACAGACCAGCAGAGAUAUCAUAAUUGAUAAUAUAUAUCAUAAUACACGUGUAUAUCGUAUAGGGUUAGAAGUGUAAAUAUACUUCUAUACAUCUUGUAUAUAUACCCUGAUUAUAACCUAAUAAAGAUUGAUUCAGCCUCAAUAUUCUUUAAUAAUAACAAGUUUUAAAUUAUGUCAGUUGGCAUUCAUAAAUAUAUAAGUGCCUUUCUAAGAAGGCCAAGUCUAUUUUUAGCACAUAUACAAAACAGUCUCAC